GCCCAUUGACAGCCACCAUCCGAUCUCCGCCUUCAAUCUUCAGGAAGCUCACAUUGCCGGACCUGCCGGACAGGGCUGCGAAUCGCCUCACGGAUGGUGACUUAACAUGAGGUCCUCCCAAAGCACCUGUGCCAUCCUUGGCCUGUGUCUUCUUCUUCUCGCCCUGUGCGGUGGCGCUGCUGCCGGCUCAAUAUCCCUCGAGGAUGCCUUUCCGGCCCUUCCCAAAUGCGCGACUGCUUGCUGGAUGCCGUCGGCCAGUCUUCCUGCAGUCCGACCAACGUCACCUGCAUCUGCAACGAUACGAGGCUGAAUAACAUGGCGACGGCGUGCAUCACAUCAUCGUGCACCGUGAAGGAAUCUCUGACCGCCAAGAACCUCACCUCGCAGCUUUGCGGCCUCCCCGACCACGGCGACGACUCCUUGAUUCCCAUCUACUCCGUGUUCAUCGGCCUGGCCGUCGUUGCCGUCGCCCUCCGGCUGGUUGCGCGCGUCGUGACCCACGCGUACUUCUGGUGGGAUGACUUAGCCUGCUUCAUCGGCUUCCUUUGCGCAGCAGGCUUCACCGGCGUGAACAUAAAAGCCAUCCAGCUCGGGCAGUCCAAAGACAUCUGGUUCGUCCCGUUCGACAACAUCACCCUGGUCGUCGAGCUCUUCUACUACGAGAUGCUCCUCUACACCAUCACGCGCUUCUUCGUGCGCGCCUCCAUCAUCCUCUUCUACAUGCGCGUGUUCCCGCCGACCAAGCGCGACGGCAAGAUCAACCUGGGCCGCCUGGUGCAGGCCACCUUCGUCUUCAACGUGGUCUACAACGUCAGCUUCCUGCUCGCCGUCGUCUUCCAGUGCUACCCGAUCGCCGACUUCUGGCGCCAGUGGGAGGGCCCUCUCGUCGAGGGCCACUGCGGCAACGCCAACGUCCUCGCCUGGGUCGCGGCCGCGACGGGCAUCGUGUUCGACUUGUGGCUGCUUGCGCUGCCCUUCUCGCAGCUGUGGACGCUGAAUCUGCAUUGGAAGAGGAAGGUCAUGGGCGGGUUGAUGUUUUUUGUUGGUGUCGCCGUCAUGAUCAUCAGCUUGGUCCGUCUCAAGACCAUCAAUCAGUUCACCAGGGCCGUGAACCCGACCAAGGACAUCGUCCAGGUCUGCCUCUGGUCCGGCAUCGAGCUCGACGUCGGCGUCAUCUGCCCCUGCCUGCCGUCCUUCCGCCUGCUGCUGCGCCGGCUGCUGCCCCGCGCCAUGGGCACGACCGGACGGUACGAGAUGGAUCCAAUGUCGAACGCCAACUCGGGCAUGCGCAGCGGGCUGCGGAGAAGCCUGGGCGGGGCGCCCGGCGGAAGGAUUGUGGUUGAGAACACGGUCGAUGUCAAGUAUGGGGGCAGCGAUGAUUCGAAUGACAGUGCCAGCGUGUCUGGUUUGGUCCGGGGGCGGGCAUCUUCGGCGAAGGACGAGGAGAGCGGGCCCGGGAAUGGGCAUGACAAUAGCGGGAGGGGAAGAGCUCGAUAGAGAUGGGAGGAUGCUACCUUGUUAAUGUUUACUUCAUUUGCGGCCUGCCAAAUCUGUGCCUGAGAGGCGCAACGCUCCGUCUGGUUAUCUGGCUCAUGGCCG